AUGAGUGACAGUUCAGAUGAUUAUAAUUUCUUUGAAAGCAGAUUAAUUUCCAGUGUAAAAUUCAAAUAUAAUCAAAUGAACAACAUGCAAGAAGAAGAGAUAGCACGCUUAAAAAAAGUAUUAAGGGAGAAACAACAACAAAUCAAUAUUAUCCGUGAAACUAAUUCAAGAGUUUUAGCUAGACAUUUAGAGAAAAAGAUUCAAUUGCAUAAAGAAAUCUCAAAUUUUCAAGCAAGGCAUCAUGGCAUUCUAAAAUCAGAAGAACAAAAGAUGAAAUACGAAAUAAAAGAACUUAGAGCAAGAUUCAAAUUAGAAUUAGAUAAGGUCAAUAAAAUGAUUGAGCCAGACGCACUUUUGUCUUCCAAUACCGAUGAUAGUAUUUUAAUGAACCUAAAACAAAAUAUUUCGAGAAUUAAUGAAAAGAACAUAAGCGAAUACCUAACUCUAACUACAUCAAUCAAGAAUUUUUCCGAAGACAAUAUUCGACAAAUUAAAGAUAUCGAAAAUCUUAUCGCAACUAGAAAAAAACUAAUUAAGAAGAUUGAAAAAGAAAUAGCCUCUAUUAAGGAUAAAAAUAAUCUCCAAAGAGUGGAAAUUAAUAAAAAAAUUGAUAAAAUUAAUCAACGAAUUAGCCUUUUAACAACUCAAUUCGAAAUGCCUCAAAAUCGAAUUUUGGAGCCAUCUAUUGAUGAAAUACGACGUAAAUUCAAGUUAAAGCUCUUGAAGAUUCGAAAACAAAUUAAUUUGCAAAAAAAUGCAAAUAAAAAGCUUAUAUUUCAAAUCCAAUCCGAAUCGACAGAAUUUGAUAUAAUUAACGAGCUGAUGAAACAAAAAACACAGCAAGAUUCACUUUCUUUAACUUUUUCAAAUCUGAAUCAAGACAUUAAAUUAGCUACUGCACGCAAUAAUGAGUUAAAAAGUUUAUUAAAGCAACUAGAUCCAACCUUAAGGAACAUUAGACAAAGACAUUAUCAACUUUUGUCUGCGAUUAAAGCAACGGACUAUCAAAUUAAUGGCCGCAAUGGUCAGUAUCAAAGGUCAACACAAAUCUCAGCAACCCAAGUUGAAAUGAGUUCAAUGGAUAGUUGA